AUGAGUAGAUCACCUUCACCGGCGUCCUCUCUCGACUUCUUCGAGUCAGACCCGUCCUCCGAAGAAGAGUAUGUGCCAGUCCGAAGAGCACGUAAAGUUGGACCAGCAGCGGGAGGUUCAAAGAAGGUCUUGGGAGGUGCGAAAGCGGGUGGACCCAAGAUCAAGAUCAACCUGAGUGCAUUGCAGCGUGCUCAAGAGGUCGCUGUCGCUCAUCCUGCUGAUGGACCGAUUGAAGAGGAGGAUUACGGAGUAGGGGACGAGGAUGAUGAAGGUUAUUUUGAUGGGAUGAUAGGCAAAAGAGGAAUAGACCUUUCAAAUCAGGCGUUGAAGAGUGAUCAUGCGUUGAGACCUCUCUGGGUGGACGAUAAGGGCAAUAUCAUCGUUGAAGCUUUUGCACCGUUUGCGAGACAAGCGCAAGACUUCCUAGUGGCAAUCGCAGAACCAGUCUCACGUCCAUCGCUCAUCCAUGAAUAUCGUAUAACCAAACCAUCCUUGCAUUCCGCGAUGUCCAUCGGAUUAGAAACCAAAGUCAUCAUCGAAGUCCUGUCUCGACUUUCCAAAACGCCUUUAUCGACCCGAUUAACAGCUCGUAUCGAAGAAUGGACAGCAUCAUUUGGAAAAGUCCGUCUGGUCUUGAAGGAUAAUAGAUAUUUCUUGGAAACUAGCGUACCAGAAUUUUUACAAACGCUCAUGACAGAUGAGGUUAUUAGAGAUUGUAGAGUCACCAGAGAGAUUGAAAGUGGACCAACGGUGUUUGGAGCUGAGCAGACUGCUAGACCUCGGAGGGAUUAUGCGAUUCCUGGAACAGAAGAAGCGAGAAGGGCGGAGAGAGGUGAAAUACAAGCGGAUGAUAUAGGUCAACAAGGGAGAGAUAAUGAUGCGUUAUUGGGUGCUGUCAUUGGUAUUGGCGAAGCCGAUGAGAUGGACGACGAGGAUGAUGCGGUUCAUUCGUUCGAAGUGGCAGGAGAGCGGAUGGAGGACGUAAGAAGACGAUGUAAAGAUAUAGAUCUUCCAGCACUGGAAGAAUACGAUUUCCGAAACGAUUCUGUCAACCCAAAUCUUGACAUCCAGCUCAAACCCAUGACCGUCAUCCGACCAUAUCAGGAGAUGUCAUUAGCAAAGAUGUUUGGUAAUGGUCGUGCAAGAUCUGGUGUCAUCGUGUUGCCAUGUGGUGCAGGUAAAACGCUGGUAGGGAUUACCGCUGCUUGUACGAUCAAGAAGAGUGCAUUGGUCUUGUGUACUUCAGCCGUAUCCGUCGCUCAGUGGAAACAGCAGUUCCUCCACUUCUCCAAUAUAUCGGAGAGACAAAUAUGCGCUUUCACACAGGGAGAGAAGGAAAUGUUCACUACACCGGCCGGUAUCGUUAUAUCGACAUAUUCGAUGAUAGCCAAAACAGGUAAACGAGCGCAUGAUGCCGAAAAGAUGAUGCAGUUCUUGCGAUCGAGAGAAUGGGGUUUCCUGCUCCUUGAUGAGGUGCAUGUCGCUCCUGCGGACAUGUUCAGGAAAUGUAUCAACAAUUUCAAAGUUCAUGCGAAAUUGGGUUUGACAGCCACUUUGGUGCGAGAAGACGAUAGAAUCGGUGAUUUAGGAUACUUAAUUGGCCCGAAAUUGUACGAGGCGAAUUGGAUGGAUUUGGCAAAGAAUGGUCAUAUCGCGACUGUGCAGUGCGCGGAGGUAUGGUGUCCCAUGACACCCGAAUUCUAUCGAGAAUACCUGCGAAACCCCUCUCGGAAACGCAUAUUACUACAUGCAAUGAACCCUAAUAAGAUUCAGGCUGCUCAAUUCUUGAUCAAUUACCACGAGAGUCGAGGUGAUAAAGUGAUAGUAUUUUCGGAUAACGUGUUUGCGCUUGAGGCGUACGCGAAGAAGCUCGGUAAAUCGUUCAUUCAUGGUGGUACACCCGAAGGAGAAAGAUUGAGAAUCUUGUCGAGGUUCCAACAUGAUCCGCAGUUGAAUACCAUUUUCUUGUCCAAGGUUGGAGACACGUCGAUUGACUUGCCAGAAGCCACAUGUCUCAUUCAGAUCUCUUCUCAUUUCGGUUCUCGUAGACAGGAGGCGCAGAGGCUGGGUCGUAUUCUCCGAGCUAAGAGAAGGAAUGAUGAAGGAUUCAAUGCCUUCUUCUAUUCGCUUGUAUCCAAAGAUACACAGGAGAUGUACUACUCAUCCAAGAGACAAGGUUUCUUGAUUGACCAGGGAUACGCAUUCAAAGUCAUAACCGAGUUGCAUGGUCUCGAAACGAUGCCAAAUCUGGUCUUCCCAACCAAAGCACAGCAAAUCUCAUUGCUGGAAGAAGUAUUAAAUACUGGUGAUGCUGCUGCAGAGACCGCAGAUCAUUAUAUGCGAUUAAAUAAUGGCAAACACAUGAAACGACCUGCUGGGAAUCAACCUUCUUCGCUGUCAAAUCAAAGCUCUAUGCCAGCUGUCCAAAGAUUCACUGCUCCAUUGGAACAUCUAUCGGGUGGUCAGAAUUUGAGUUAUAGAGAACAGAAUAAAUCUGUAAAUAAGGAGCUUUCGAGGGAAGAUAGACAGAAUAAAAGAGAUAGAGUUGGAGGGAAAGAACAGCAUGCGCUGUUUAAGAAGAGAAAGCAGGAGAUGGAUGCGAUCAAGAAACAGCGUGCGAACGGUAUCUAG